GAGACUACAACAGGCUCCUCUCGCUCGGGUAGGCAGUUCUCUCUGACCCUCUCACCGGGUGACGGGGAUAUGAAAAUGGCUGACCCAGCACCCUAUUUGCUGACGUUCCUGCUACAGGCGCUGACAGCUCCACCCGCGGACUCCCAGCUGCUGAUUCUAGGGCAACCAACAACUUGUCAACAGGAAUGUGAUUACGUGUACAACCCCGUAUGUGGCACAGACAGUCUGACGUAUCCAAACUUCUGCUUCCUAUUGAGAGCCUCCUGCAACAGUCCACGUCUCAGACCCCAGAGAUAUGGGUCUUGUACCACACCAGACUCUUGUAACUACGUGUGUGACCGCUCGUACAAGCCCGUGUGUGGGUCUGACGGCACCACCUACAGCAACCCGUGUGUCCUGAUGUACUACACCUGCUUCUACCCCAGCAGAGGACUCUUCAGGAGACACGUGGGUAGAUGUGUCGUGGAGAAGGAAUGCCCCGCCACUUGUCCUAGGCAGAGAACCCCCGUGUGUGGCAGUGACGACAGGACAUACACCAAUGAGUGUUUCUUGAUGCGCGAGGCUUGUGCUGGCAGACGGGUCACUAAGGCCAGGAACGGGGCCUGUCCGCUAAAAUGCCCAAGGAUAUGUACAAGAGAGUACCUACCUGUGUGUGGUGAUGACAAUGUUACCUACCCUAACACCUGUACGAUGGAGAGCACAGUGUGUGAAGGCAAGACGGUCACCAAAGCCUACGAUGGACCCUGUGACUUGCCAAACGGACCUCCACGGCAGAACCCAUCUUGUAAUUCAGCCUGUCCCUUUAUCUACGCCCCUGUGUGUGGGAGUGAUGGCAAAACGUAUGGAAAUAACUGCGCCCUCAACGCUGCCUCGUGUAAGAAUCCCGCCAUCACCAAGGUCAGCGAUGGAGAGUGUGUUACCAGUCAGAGGUCGUGCCCACAAACUUGUCCCGAUAUCGUGUCCCGUGUGUGUGGCAGUGACGGGAUUACCUACGAGAAUGAGUGUAUCUUGAGGUCAAUAAGCUGUAAUGACCCAACACUGACGGUCAAGAGCCAAGGGACGUGUGAAAACGAAGCAGCAUCAUCGUCUGGAGGGGGGUCUCGUUCAUCUUGCCCGAGUGUUUCCGUUUGUCCAACCAAUUACUCCCCUGUGUGUGGUAGUGACGGUACAACUUAUCCCAACCAAUGUAACCUUGAUGUGGCUACCUGCUUGGAUUCCUCUGUUACCUGGCGUAGCGAUGGUCUUUGUCCUAUAGCGACAUCAGCCCCGGGCAUUGCUCCGGCAGGUACUGAGUCGCCACCCUGCGCCAACACCUGUAGUAGGGUGUUCGCUCCUGUGUGUGGUAGCGACGGUGAGACGUAUUUCAACCUUUGUCUCCUUAAUCUGGCAGCCUGUAAUGAGAAUAGAGUCAUCAAUGCUGCGAGGGAAGGGCGCUGUGAUGACCCUCAGGUACCAUCUGCCCUCCCACCGUGUCCCGUAUUUUGUGGACGGGUCUACACACCUGUCUGUGGCAAUGACGGGGUCACCUAUGAUAACGUCUGUCUACUUACUGUUGUCAUGUGUCGUGACGCCACUAUCCAGAAAAGGAAUGACGGGCCUUGUGUGCCUUCGUCAGGUGGUUCCUCAUCGUGUGAUAAGACCUGCCCCUUCACCUAUAACCCAGUGUGUGGUAACGAUGGUGUCACCUACAGUAAUCCGUGCUCGUUUGACCUGGCUGUGUGUAAGAACCCGACUCUUAUCAAAGUCUCCAAUGGUGCCUGUUAAACACUUAAGACCAGCAGUGUCAAGGAGGUUACGGCACUCUGGGAUUGGUCAAAGCCCACCAUAACGGUCUGUGAUUGGUCAUUGCCCUAUAUGACGCCCUGUGAUUGGUCAUUGCCUCCCAUGACGACCUCUGAUUGGUUCUUGCCCACCAGGAGGACUGCCUAUUGCCCAUUGCCCACUACACCGCAAAGAAAAUCAGCUGACAUCUUGCAAAAUGACCAACUUAGCGAUUUUUGCUUCAUUUAGCGAUAUUUUAUGGGCUUUAAUAUUAUUUUGGUGUCUGUUGAGAGCAUAAACAAAUAUAUAUUAGUUAUGUAA